GCAAGCUUUCGACCGGCUGUGUCAUUGCCAACUCAAAGUCCAGCCUCGCAAAGUGGGCGUUUCUGCCAGAAUUCAUAACACAUGCGCGCGUUUAUGCUUUCUUUGUACAUGUCGGCAUUGUGCAGAAGCGCAAACGUAAUUGAUUUGCGAGCGCCGGAAGAUUCCGACCCGAUCGUCAGUGUUGGUUUGUUCAAUCAUUGCUAAAUCCGCGUGAUAAACGAUUGAGGGUAAGCACCCGAACAUUAUAAGUAGAGCCCAGUCGGGCGCAUGUUGUCUAGCUGAUGAGGUAGAGAAUACGCGCUUCGAAAUUUACCACGAGCGUAUGCAAAGUGUGUGCAGUAUAGUGCAGAGGUGCAGAGUUAUUAGAAUUUAUUUUAUAGUGUUUUAAAGCAAAUAAGUAAAACAUGCAGUUAAAGAUUUCACCUUGUGAAACGAUUGCCAAGUUUUCCUUUGAGUUACCAAAGUGUGUCGAACUCAACGAAUAUUAGUGGUGAAAAUAACAGUGAUUUAUGUGUUCCAUUUGAUGAUAUUUUCCAAAUCCUCAUUGUUGUUGGUUUGAUGAGUAAGUGAGCGUGACGGAAAUCUAUUGAUUGACCCACAAUUUUGGCAGUCCAAGAAAAAAAAACAAAGUGGAAAAUGUACUCGUCGGUUGGUGCUUUUGGAAUAUCGCUAAUAGCAAUAUUACACAUCCUAUUAAUCAUCGAUCUAUCCUUAGCGUGCUUACCCUACAUUCCGAGAGAAGCAUGGGAUGCAAAACCACCGAAGAGUGUGGAAAAAUUUGCUGGUCGGAUACCGUACGUAAUUAUCCACCAUUCAUACCAACCGGCAGCUUGCCUCACUGGACCCGAAUGCUGUGAAGCCAUGCUUUCCAUGCAAAAGUUUCACCAACAGGAUCGCGGCUGGAAUGACAUUGGCUACAGUUUUGCCAUUGGUGGCGAUGGACGCGUAUACGAAGGGCGAGGAUUCAACGUAGUCGGAGCACAUGCCCCUCGGUACAAUGAUAAAAGUGUUGGGAUUUGCAUGAUAGGAGACUGGACGGUUGAUAUGCCACCGGAAAAUAUGAUCUCCGCUGCCCAGAGUUUAAUCGAGUACGGUGUACGUAGGAGCAUUAUAGCAUCUAACUACACACUUAUUGGUCACCGCCAGGUGAGACCUACGGAAUGUCCAGGAGAAAAGCUGUUCAAGGAGAUACAGAAUUGGCCCCACUAUUCACCAAUGCUGGACGUUGUAGAUCCCAACGGUAUUAGAACGUAGUAUGUAUAUAUAUAUAUUACAGCCCAUUACUACUACUAGCAAGCAUCGUUAUAAGACAAGACAAUCCUUUUUUGUUUCGUGGCUGUCAUGAAAAAAAUAAAGUUUGUUAAAUUGUUGAUGCAAUCAAAUGUCUUACUAUGUACUAAAAUUAAUUGUAAUUUUUCGAUAAAUCAAAUUAAUCGGACCUAGUGGUGAUGAUGCCUUUCUUGUUCGUUCAAAAGGGGGUUGAGAAGCAUAUAAUAAAAGUCUAAAAUAA